AUGCUGCACCCAAUUCUUGACCUCAGCAACUUCAACAUCGUCCUCUCUGUCGUAGCACUCUAUAUCCUUCUUUUCGGGUACAUCUCGCUCAGAAUCAAGCAGAGAUGGUAUCUCGGCGAAGCCUUGCCGGCCUUUUUGAUUGGUAUCUCAUUGGGGCCGAUUGGCGCUAAGUUUCUGAAGAUAUCUGAAUGGGGAGGUGGUCAGGACGACUACCGCAGUGACAUUGCAUUUAACCUGACACGUUUAGUGAUUGGGAUACAGUUGAUCAAAGCUGGAUAUCAAUUGCCUAAAAGAUACAUUAGACAACGUCUUUGUGAAUUGGCUAUUUGUCUGCUUCCGCUCAUGACUAUAGCGUGGUUCGCAACAUCAGCAUGUAUCUUGCUUGCAAUCCCCAGCAUAUCCUUUCUUUCAGCUCUUAUCAUUAGCGCUUGCGUGACCUGCACCGAUCCCGUGCUAUCUCAAGCCAUUGCGAAAGGACCCUUCGCGGAUGAUUACGUUCGUCGACCACUUCGCGAAUUCAUCUCAGCCGAGGCAGGGGCGAAUGAUGGCUUUGGCUUUCCAUUUCUGCUGCUUGCGGUUUCUCUGCUGCGCUACGCAGAAGCUCCGGAUAACACUGUCAGCUUGGAAGACUUCGAUCUGGAGCGGGGCGUGCCCGACUCGCUCGGCACAACGAGUGCAGGGCGCUUUGGUGGAGGUGUUGGUCCUGCGCUUAAGCAUUGGGGAGUAGAAGGAGUCUUGUACAUGAUCUUUCUGGGUGCUUCUUAUGGAGCCUUUGUUGGAUUCAUCUGCCAGAAGCUACUCAAGGGUGCAUCGAUUAAAAGAUGGAUCGACAAUGAAAGCUUUACGUUGGUCCCUGUGGCAAUUGGUAUGCUCAUCGUCGGUACCUGCGGCUGUUUUGGAUCGGACGAGACACUUGCCUGCUUCAUCGCGGGGAGUGUGCUCAACUGGGAUGGCCUCUAUCAGGCUGAGAUGCAGGCCCGACAUGAUUCAUUCAAUUCGACUAUGGAGACACUACUGAACAUUGCAGCGUUCAUGUAUCUCGGCGCAGUCAUGCCUUGGGAUCAGUUUCAUAGGCCCCACGACACAGGCAUUUCUAUUUGGCGACUGUUGGGACUAGGCUUUCUGAUUCUCAUCUUUCGCCGCAUUCCAGCCAUCAUGGCUGGUUAUAGGUUCAUGCCCAAAGUCUGUAGCAACUGGAAAGAAGCAUUGUUUCUGGGCUACUUCGGACCGAUUGGUAUCGGUGCAAUCUCUUAUGUGGAGUAUGCUCGACGCCUCUUCCCCUCCCCAGGAGAGAGCGACAAAGAGAUCAACAACCUUACUGCCGCUAUGACACCAGUUGUCUACUGGCUGGUACUGUUCUCCAUUGUUGUGCAUGGUCUAUCUGUACCAGCGCUUGAUGCGAUCUACAAGUUCUUUGGUGUGUCCAAGGUCAGCGACCAUCCAGUAGCAAUUGCAUUGCUAUCGGAUAACGAAGCACUUCCAAAUAACUGCUCGGUUGAUCGUCAGCGACAUUCGAUGAUCGUCAACAAUCGCUUCUCACGUCCCUCCGACAGCGACACCGAAGGCCAAAGUGGCCAGGUGCGGAAGGAGUCAGGAACGAUGGAACGAUUAAGUGAGGAUAGUCCGCUCAAUGGCAGCGCCGAGUAUCUGGAUAUCCCCUUGUACGAUUACCGAGCAGGGGGCACAACCGCCACUCGGGCCAUGGUUUGA